AUGGCACCUGUCUUCCAAUCAAACUUCUCCAUACGCUCUUUGCUAUCGGAUACUAAAGUAUGUUUAGAAGAAACAAAAACCAACUCCUAUAUACCCAGUGCUCCCAGCAGCCCUUCGGUAUCACAAACAUCAGAGGAACUAUCAAGUGAUACUUCAUCGACCAGCGGCAAAUCACCGGAUGCAAAACCAGCCUACACCUACAGCGCCCUAAUUGUUAUGGCCAUUAGAAGCAGCCCUGAGAAACGUUUAACUUUAAGCGGCAUUUGCGAAUGGAUAGCCGAGAACUUUGCCUACUAUCAGAAGAACAAGAGUGUAUGGCAAAACUCUAUACGCCACAAUCUCAGCUUGAAUCCUUGCUUUGUCCGAGUACCUCGGGCUUUGGAUGAUCCUGGCCGUGGCCACUACUGGGCCUUGGAUCCCUCUGCCGAAGAUUUAACAAUUGGUGAAACCACAGGACGCCUAAGACGCAGCAAUAACACCAUGAUCAAUCGUUCUUUCGGUACCGGGGCCAUACGCUCAAAGGCUGCAUUGCAUUAUGGCACGCCUUAUGCUCAUCAUCCCUAUCACCAAACCAUGCCCUCAAAUGCGAUGACCUAUGCUCAUCACUACAGCCCAAAUGCUGUCUACUUCCCCACCCCCGAAGAAAUUAGAAUGGCCCAACAAGCAGCUCUACUACAAAGUCAAAGGGAACAGCAAGCCGCCUGGUCCAAUUAUCAUCAUCAGCAACAACAAAGACAACAGUUGCAACAUUUGCACUAUCAUCAACAAUAUCUCAUGCAACAAGGCGGCAUUCCCAUGAAAUACCAAUAG